AUGGAUGCGCGCUCAGAAUACUCUCAACCAGCAAAGCGCCAAAGUCGCAUGAAAAUCGACUCGCUGCUGAACCCUCCAUCCGAAGAAACGGAUUAUGACCACUAUUCCAAACCCUCCUAUCACUCCACCUACUCCAGCCCCGACAAAUACUGGCAAUACCGCUAUAAUCCCGAGGACUACCACGAUGUCAGCCCCGCCGCUUCAACGGCGACCACCCACGUCAGCAGCGCCAGUAGCUCCAACUCCGCGCCCAUCAACCCCAACCAGCAACAUCACAUGUUCCUCUCCUACAGACCCUCAGGCCCGGGCUCGGGCUCCGCCCGCUCCUCGCCAGACCCUUACCACCCGCGCGAGCGCUACGAUUCCGUCUCCAGCAGCUCGAGCACGAAUGGUACGGAGCGCCGCCGCCCGCCGCGGCCCAAGUACGAGGAAGAGGAGAUGUAUUUCAUCUGGUACCACCGCGUCGACCUCUGCCAGGAGUGGAAGGAGGUGCGCGAGAGCUUCAAUCGGCAGUUUCCUAGUCGGCAGCGCCGCGGCUUCCAGGGCAUCCAGUGCAAGUUCUACCGCUUUAUUAAGGAGAAGAGGUGUCCCACGCUGCGAGAGCAGAGGCGCAUGCGGGAUGGCGAAUUUCUGCGAGAGGGCACCUCCCUGACGGAUGCGAAUGGUGCGCCGAGAUUUGGGGUCGUUGAGUGGGCGAAUGUUUGGUAUCCGUGGAUGAGGGAGGAUCGGGAGACGGCCAUGCAGCGAACGUCAUGA